AUGGCUUCCUCCAUGGCUUUGAGAAAGCUGGCCUCUGGCUCUGUCGUCUUGUCCCGGCUGGCGACAAGCCAGGCCAGAAGAGCCUUUUCCACCACGCGACCAGUCGCCAGAGUUGUUGCAACCAGCCCUCUGAGAGCCAAGGAGGCUUCUCCCCAUGUCAGCACGAAAUAUAAUGUCAUUGACCACGAGUAUGACGCCCUCGUCGUGGGUGCUGGCGGCGCGGGCCUGCGUGCCGCCUUCGGCCUGGCCGAGGCCGGCUUCAACACGGCCUGCAUCUCCAAGCUUUUCCCUACCCGAUCACAUACCGUCGCCGCCCAGGGUGGCAUCAACGCAGCUCUCGGAAACAUGCACGAGGACGACUGGAGAUGGCACAUGUACGACACGGUCAAGGGAUCCGACUGGCUGGGCGACCAGGAUGCCAUUCACUACAUGACCCGCGAGGCUCCGGCUUCCAUCAUCGAGCUCGAGCACUACGGCUGCCCCUUUUCCCGUACCGAGGACGGCAAGAUUUACCAGCGAGCUUUUGGUGGUCAGUCCCAAAAGUACGGCAAAGGCGGCCAGGCGUACCGAUGCUGCGCCGCCGCCGACCGAACCGGCCACGCUCUUCUCCACACCCUGUACGGCCAGUCUCUUGCCCACAACACAAACUACUUCAUCGAGUACUUUGCCUUGGAUUUGAUCAUGCAGGACGGCGAGUGCCGUGGCGUCCUGGCCUACAACCAGGAGGACGGUACUCUGCACAGGUUCCUGGCCAACAACACGGUGCUGGCCACCGGCGGCUACGGCCGCGCCUACUUUAGCUGCACGUCCGCCCACACCUGCACGGGCGACGGCAUGGCCAUGGUCGCUCGCGCCGGGCUCCCCAACCAGGAUCUCGAGUUCGUCCAGUUCCACCCGACCGGCAUCUACGGCGCGGGCUGCCUCAUCACCGAGGGCGCUCGCGGCGAGGGAGGCUACCUCCUCAACUCGGAGGGUGAGCGCUUCAUGGAACGCUACGCCCCCACCGCCAAGGACCUGGCCUCGCGCGACGUCGUGUCCCGGUCCAUGACCAUGGAGAUCCGCGACGGACGCGGCGUCGGGGCCGACAAGGACCACAUCUACCUGCAGCUCAGCCACCUGCCGGCCGAGAUCCUUGCCGAGCGCCUGCCCGGCAUCUCCGAGACCGCCGGCAUCUUUGCCGGCGUCGACGUGCGCAAGCAGCCCAUCCCCGUGCUGCCCACCGUCCACUACAACAUGGGCGGCAUCCCCACCCGCUACACCGGCGAGGUCCUGACGCUUGACGAGCAGGGCAAGGACAAGGUGGUGCCCGGCCUGUUCGCCUGCGGCGAGGCCGCCUGCGUGUCGGUCCACGGCGCCAACCGCCUCGGCGCCAACUCUCUGCUGGACCUCGUCGUCUUUGGCCGCGCAGUCUCCCACACGAUCCGCGACAACUUCAAGCCCGGCGAGAAGCUCAAGCCGCUUGCGGCCGACGCCGGCUCCGAGCACAUCGACGUGCUGGACCAGGUCCGCACCUCGGACGGGCCCAGGAGCACUGCCGAGAUCCGCCUGGCCAUGCAAAAGGCCAUGCAGACGGACGUUUCCGUCUUCCGGACGCAGGAGAGCCUGGACGAGGGGGUCCGCAAGAUGCAGGAGAUUGACCCGCUGUUCAAGCAGGUCGGCAUCAAGGACCGCAGCAUGAUCUGGAACUCUGACCUGGUCGAGACGCUGGAGCUGAGAAACCUCCUGACUUGCGCGUCGCAAACCGCCACGGCCGCCGCCGCCCGCAAGGAGUCGCGUGGCGCCCACGCCCGCGAGGACUACCCCGAACGAGACGACAAGAACUGGAUGAAGCACACGCUUUCCUUCCAGAAGGAGCCCCACGGCAAGGUUGACCUGACGUACCGCGGCGUCAUCGCCACCACGCUGGACGAGAACGAGUGCAAGCCCGUGCCUCCCUUUAAACGUGUAUACUAG